CCUGGGAGGAGUUAGGCAAGUAGCGGAGCCUCGUGGAGAGGUGCGGACCCCGGGAGAGGCUGCACCGGCUAGGGCCGGGGUCUGCAGAAGGGCAAGGGGAGAAGCGGGAGGCAUCCCCGGCCUAGUUCCCCGCUGCGGCGUCAGGGAGCAGACAUGACCCAGAACCUGAAGGACUUCGCCGGGCGGCUGCCUGCUGGGCCCCGAGGCAUGGGCACAGCGCUGAAGCUGCUGCUCGGGGCUGGGGCCGUGGCCUACGGAGUCCGAGAGUCUGUGUUCACCGUGGAAGGUGGGCAAAGAGCCAUUUUCUUUAACCGAAUUGGGGGCGUGCAACAGGACACCAUCCUUGCAGAAGGACUACACUUCAGGAUCCCCUGGUUCCAGUACCCCAUCAUCUAUGACAUUCGUGCCCGGCCCCGCAAGAUCUCUUCUCCCACAGGCUCCAAAGAUCUUCAGAUGGUAAACAUCUCUCUCCGGGUGCUGUCCCGCCCCAAUGCCCUGGAGCUGCCCAGCAUGUACCAGCGCCUAGGGCUGGACUAUGAGGAGCGAGUAUUGCCCUCUAUCGUGAAUGAGGUGCUCAAGAGUGUCGUGGCCAAGUUUAACGCCUCACAGCUUAUCACCCAGCGAGCCCAGGUGUCCUUGUUGAUCCGUCGGGAACUCACAGAGCGGGCCAAGGACUUCAGCCUCAUUCUGGACGACGUGGCCAUCACAGAGCUGAGCUUCAGCAGAGAGUACACGGCCGCUGUGGAGGCCAAGCAAGUAGCCCAGCAGGAGGCCCAGAGGGCACAGUUCCUGGUGGAAAAGGCCAAGCAAGAGCAACGACAGAAGAUUGUACAAGCUGAGGGCGAAGCAGAGGCCGCCAAAAUGCUCGGGGAAGCUCUGAGCAAGAACCCCGGCUACAUCAAGCUUCGGAAGAUCCGGGCAGCCCAAAACAUCUCCAAAACUAUCGCCACAUCUCAGAACAGAAUCUAUCUCACGGCCGACAACCUCGUGCUGAACUUGCAGGAUGAAAGCUUCACUCGGGGAAGUGACAGCCUCAUUAAAGGCAAGAAGUAGAGGCGACCUCCUGGUCUCCAGAGAAAGCUGGUCUCCAACAAGGCUGAGACGGGUCCACCUCCCUCACCCCACCAUCAUGUGACUUUCUCUCCUUCACCACCCACCACCCCUCCCCAACUCGUUGGAUAAAUGAAGACUGACAGAUGUUCCUUUCCCCAUCCCCCUCCCCAUAUUUUGCUGGGGGUCUGGGGUGUAAGGACUGUGUGAUUUCUUAGUGAUUUCCUCUCUAGCUGGUGUCCCUCCAAGGCCAGGAGGAGAUAGCAGCUAUCCUGGGAAUUCUCAAUAAAUUUUUAUUACUUAA